AUGCCAGUUACAAGUGAGAGAAAGGAAUUAUUUGACUCCGCAGUAUCCUUUUUGCAAGACUCGGCGAUUAAGGAUGCCCCUUUGGAUAAGAAGGUGGAGUUUUUAAAGAGCAAAGGUCUGGGCGAUGAGGAAGUAGAGUUGGCCUUGCAAGAGGCUGGAAGGCGUUUUCGGGAUGCUGGUAAUGCGGCGUCGGAUGAGGAAACUGCGACCCAAGGAAAUUUAGGGCACAGUUUGAACACGACAACAAGAAGGCGUCAAGAAUAUAUGUAUGAAGCUAUUCCACCCCCUUUACCUCAGAGAGACUGGAAGGACUAUUUUGUGAUGGCCACUAUGACAGCGGGUCUGUUUUAUGGUGUCUAUGAAGUAACCAAGAGAUAUGUAGUUCCAAAUCUCUUACCAGAGUCUACUUCCAAACUCGAACAGGACAAGGAAGACAUCAAGAAAGAGUUUGAGAAGGUGGAUCAGAUACUCUCUGCUAUUCAGGACGAACAAGCCGAUUUUAAAGAGAAGGAACAAGAGAAAUUGAAUGAAUUGGAUGAGGUAAUAAGUGACCUGAAGAUGGCAUUGCGUGAAACAACUAAUACAAAAGAGAAAAUGGAAGAUGACUUCCGUCUCCUAAAAUUAGAAAUAACUACGUUGCAAAAUAGCAUUGAUAAAUUUAUGUCAGAUAACUCCAACGUGAAAGAGUUGGAAACCCUAUCCAGAGAAGUAAUGUCUUUGAAAAAUUUAAUUACAGUAGCAAAGACAAACAAGGAUAUUCAGAAUGGUACAGGUGGCAGUAAUUUGUCCGGCAUGCCAGGCAAAUCUUUAUCUCCUGGUGGUCUUCCAGGCGCUGAUUCCAUUCCAUCAGCUGCAGAUAUUCUGGCAAGAAUGAAUAUAAGCGGUGUUGCAGGAAAAUCAGCAGUGCAAGAUCACGAUCCAAACGAGAGCGGUACAGAACCCCAAUGGAAGAAAGUCAAGGAUAAUAUGGUAGAUUCGUCAGAGUUUAUUCCAGAAUGGCAAAGGGCGAAGACUCCCAAUGAUCAAGCUAAGCUUGACAUCCCCGAGUGGCAGAAGGCAGCUUUAAAGAGUGAUGAUAAGCUGGAUAUUCCAGACUGGCAAAACAUAAAAUCGAGCUCCCAAAAUACUUCAGAAGAUAAUUAA